AUGUAUGGCAAUUGCCCUGAUACAAGAUUUUCCACUCUUCCGUGUGUCUCUGAUGAGCCUGCUAAACAACCCACCGGUUCAUUUCAGCAGCUAUUGAUAAACACAUGUGGCGCAGAGUAUGCUUCAACUGCAGCAUGCUGUAGCGAGGAACAACUUAACGACCUUAUUGAACAAGUCAAACGAGCGGAGCCUAUCAUGUCAUCUUGUCCUGCAUGCUGGACAAAUUUUUUGUCCUUUUGGUGCACAUUUACAUGCUCUCCUAAUCAGUCUACGAUGGUGAACAUUACUUCCAGCAGGGAUGGAAUGGUUACCCAAGCUGAUUAUUGGGUAGGCGACGGGUUUGGCUCACAAUUCUAUGACAGUUGCAAGGAUAUUAAAUUUGGGGCGAGCAAUGGCUAUGCAAUGGACUUUAUUGGAGGCGGUGCCCAAAACUGGCAUGACAUGGUUACUUACAUGGGAAUGAAGCGCCCAGCACUCGGUAGUCCCUUCCAGAUAGACUUUCCGGUUGGUGAACCUACAGAUGGGAUGGAGUUCAACAAUGCAAAAGGACGCGACUGCAAUGACCCAGAUUUAGCAUACAGAUGCGCUUGUGUGGAUUGUGAAAAGACGUGUCCAGUAUUACCACCAACUCCCGGAGAGGUGCCCGAGUGCAAAAUAGGAUUAUUAUCGUGUUGGAGCUUUAGCAUGGUCUUAAUAUACGCAUUUAUACUUCUCAUAUCAUUGGGUACCUUGUUACGACAGAAUCAUCGAUUGCAGGCGUGGUUUGAGAACUGGGGUGAAUCUUUGUGGAACAGAGGUGGAUCUGGUGGAGUAUACGAGCGUCUAGCGAUGGAAGAUGGGAAUGAAGAUGAAGAAAACGAGAGAUUACUGGAUCCCGAUACUGAACUUAAUCGAUACUGGCUUAAUGGAAAACUUCAAAGCUGGUUUUAUUACCAAGGUCUCUUGUGCGCUCGCAACCCUUAUACCGUUAUCAUUCUUAGCCUGUUGGCAGUUACUUUGUGCUCUUUGGGAUGGCAAAAAUUCGCACUCGAGAGAGAUCCUGUCCAUCUCUGGGUAUCACCUUCUUCGACUGCUCUCGCCCAAAAAACCCAUUUUGACACCAACUUUACGCCUUUCUAUCGCACCACUCAAAUAUUCCUUGUUAGUGAAUCUGACGAAAUCUUGACAUCAGACCAUCUAGAGAGUUUAUUUGCACUAGAAAAUACCAUUAAAGAUGCGCAAACCGAAACAGGACACUACACAUUCCAGGAUGUUUGUUUCCGCCCCACUGGUGACGUUUGCAUUCUUCAAUCAGUAACAGGCUAUUGGGGAGGUGACAUUGAUCAGUUUGAUCCAGAAACUUUUGAAGACGACCUUAGCCUUUGUACAUCACAACCAUCAUUAUGUCUUCCAGAGUUCCAAUUGCCACUCAAGCCCCAAAUGGUACUCGGUGGAUACAAAGGGAAUGAAUAUCUCAAAGCCAAGGCAAUGAUUGUGACAUUUGUUUUGACAAACUCCCUCGACCCUGCAGAGACUGCAAAAUCCGAAGAAUGGGAACGCUUUAUUCUUAGUACCAUUUUAGCAAAUGUAAAUGAUCAACCUGAAUGGAAGGGAGUCAAUAUUAGUUACUCUACCGAAAGUUCUCUUGAAACCGAGCUCAACAAGUCUAGCAACACCGACGCAAAAACUGUUUUGUUGAGUUAUAUUGUCAUGUUCCUUUAUGCUUCGAUUGCCCUGGGUAGAUUUGCGUCUUUGAAUCCACGCCGCCUGGUGGUUGAUUCAAAAUUCAGUCUGGCUAUUUGUGGCAUCCUCAUCGUUUUAUUCUCUGUUUCAAGUGCGGUUGGUAUAUUUUCUCUAACAGGCAAGAAGAUUACUCUUAUUAUUGCCGAGGUUAUUCCUUUCCUUGUGCUCGCGGUGGGCGUGGAUAACAUCUUUAUACUCUGUCAUGAAUACGAGCGUCGCCUGCAGCUCAAGACCGAGGAGACAAUCGAGGAAAGAGCAGCAAAGACUCUAGGAAAGAUGGGACCAAGUAUUCUGCUGAGUUCUCUUAGUGAGACAAUUGCGUUUGGUCUUGGCACAUUGGUGACCAUGCCAGCUGUUAGCAGUUUUGCAAUUGUGGCCUCUCUGGCCGUAUUUGUGGAUUUCUUGCUGCAAGUAACAUGCUUUGUAUCUUGUAUGGUGCUUGAUGCUCGUCGAACAGAGAACAAACGCAUUGACUGUAUACCAUGUAUAAGUGUGAACGCACCACCAGCUCUCGAGAAAGAAGGAUGGUUAGAGUGGUUCACAAAUAAUUAUUAUGUGCCGACUAUAUUACACCCUAAGUUACGCUAUCCCAUAUGUCUUACUUUCCUCGGUCUAUUUAUGUUUUGCCUGGCUUUGGUUCCCCAGUUACCACUUGGUCUUGACCAACGUAUUGCUCUGCCGUCAGACUCAUAUCUUGUAAAUUACUUUAACGAUUUGAGCAAUUACUUUAAUGUUGGCCCUCCGGUAUAUUUUGUUAUCCAAGGGAAUCUGACCGAUCGAACGGUACAGAAGAAGGUCUGCGGCCGAUUCUCUGUAUGUGAUGAACACUCUGUGGCAAAUGUGCUGGAGCAAGAACGCAAGCGACCUGAGACGUCUUAUAUUGGAGAGCCGACGAGUGUGUGGAUCGAUGAUUUCCUCUACUGGCUAAGUCCAAACCUUGGCUGUUGUCGUUUCAAAAAAGAGUCGAUUAAGAAACAAUCACCUGUUAAGUUGUCUCCUUUAAUGUCAUCUUUUAAUAAAUCUCAACGAGAGAUGUGCGGAGAAUGGGACGAUGAAGACAAUUGUGAAGACUGUAAAGCGGAUUGGCAGGCAAACAUGGAGACUCUUCCAGAAGGAGAGCAAUUUAUGGAACUGUAUAAUUUAUGGAUUUCUCGAGUACCUGACGAAAGUUGCCCUUUGGCCGGAAAAGCUGCUUAUGGGGAUGCUAUUGUAGCCAGUCCUGACCAAAUUUCCAUCAAAACCUCGCAUUUCCGAACCUAUCACACUCCCUUGCGAACUCAGGAUGAUUUUAUUGAGGCCUACGGAUCAGCUCGUCGGAUCGCCAAAGAUCUCCAGGAAGAGCUUGGUUUGGAGGUUUAUCCUUACUCGGUGUUCUAUAUUUUCUUUGAGCAGUAUACAUAUAUUGUCACUAUGGCCGUUCAAUUACUUACUCUUGCUAUACUGUCUAUCUUUGUGGUGACUAGUACACUACUGGGAAGCAUAAGAUCUGGACUGCUGGUGAUGUUGGUAGUGAUAAUGAUUUUAAUAGAUGUUAUCGGUGCGAUGACUAUUUGGGAUAUUAGUUUGAACGCAGUCAGCCUGGUUAAUCUGGUAAUUUGCGUGGGCAUUAGUGUGGAGUUUUGCUGCCAUAUUGCUCGUGGAUUCAUGGUGUCUCGAGGUACACUAGAAGAAAGAGCUGGCAAGAGUAUGGUUGACAUUGGCAGUUCAGUAUUUUGCGGCAUUACACUAACCAAGUUUGCCGGCAUUGUCGUGCUGGCUUUUACGCGGUCCAAGAUUUUCGAAGUGUACUACUUCCGAAUGUAUUUGUUGAUUGUUAUCUUGGGUGCUCUUCAUGGCUUGGUGCUUCUACCAGUAUUACUAAGUUUGGUUGGCGGAGAAGGCAUGGGCAUGGUAUCUGAUUUCGACGAAGAUGGAUUUGAAUGGUCUGCUGGGUCGCCUUCAUGGCCUGGGCUAGGGGGAAACCAUCGUAAUUUAUUAGCAGAUGAUAAUGCAAGUCUUGACCAGGUCCUGAUCACAGACAUGCCUGAGGUGGGUCGAUUGGACAGCACCCGGUCCGUUGUGGCCGAUGAUUCAUAAAGAUAUCCUUUUUUCUCUUGCAAACGACUGUAUAUUAUUAAUAGCUAGCAAAGAAAAAAAAGUAUGAAGAAACUUACUCUUAAAUAAUGUUUAACACAUAAAGACUCCCCUUUUUGCUCUAAUG